GACGGAAGGGGACGUGAAAAGAGGGGAAGCGGUGAAAAGAAAGGGGCGAAUAAGAGGCGCUGGUGACUAGACACGACUGGACGGAUAAGAACGAUGGACGUGCAGGGGAAUCCGAGGGAGUCGAAUAAAGAGAGAUACAAUCAGAGAAACGAGAGGGUCGGGAAGAGGGGAGACGAGAGGUGUGGAGGUGGAGGACGAACGAAGCGAAGGAUUCUGGAAGGGGGAGAGCGAGGAAGGGAAGGGAAGGGAAGAGGAAGAAGAAGAGAGGAAGUGCGAGACGGAAGAAGGGUCAAGAGUGGGCGGCCUGGGAGCCUGAAGGGGGCCCGAGAAGGGACUAGCGGCCCUCGGGACUAAUUGGGACUGGGAUUUUGGGGUGGAGGAGUUCCCGGGACGAUGAUUCCAUCGUCA